GUCGCUUGAGCCCCGCCGCUCGCCGUCGCCCCCGUUGCUAUGGCUACGUAAGCAGCGCGGCCUACUCUGCCGCGAAGCCUGGUUGAAGUUUACUCGACGAACCGAAUCGGCCGACGGGCUUGCAGCACGUCAUUAUGUCUUUCCGCGAUCUCCGGAAUUUUACUGAGAUGAUGAGGGCACUGGGCUAUCCACGGCUUAUCUCAAUGGAAAAUUUUCGGACUCCAAAUUUCAUGCUGGUUUCAGAAAUACUCCUUUGGCUGGUAAAAAGAUACGAGCCUCAGACUGAUAUCCCUUCCGAUGUUGAAACAGAGCAGGACCGAGUUUUUUUCAUUAAGGCUGUUGCUCAGUUUAUGGCCACCAAAGCUCACAUAAAACUCAACACCAAGAAGCUUUACCAAGCCGAUGGCUAUGCUGUGAAGGAGCUGCUGAAGAUCACCACAGUGCUUUACAACGCCAUGAAGAGCAAAGGGAUGGAAACCACAGCUACGGGUGAAGAAGACAUUGGCAAAUUCAAAUUUGAUCUGGGUUCCAGAAUCAGCGAUUUGAAGACAGCCAGGCAGCUCGCUUCAGAAAUCACUUCGAAAGGAGCGUCUCUGUACGACUUGUUGGGCAAAGAAGUGAUGCUCAGGGAACUGAGAACAGAAGCAAUUGGAAGACCUCUUGAGAUCAACGAAACCGAGAAAGUGAUGAGCGUUGCCAUCAAAGACAUUUUGGAGCAAGUCCAGAAAACCAAUGACAUGCUCAAUAACGUGGCUGCCGAUGAAGCCAGUUUGGAGGCCAAGAUCGAAAAGAGGAAAUCGGAGCUGGAGAGAAACCACAAGCGGUUGCAAACCCUGCAGAGUGUUCGCCCAGCCUUUAUGGAUGAAUAUGAGAAAAUUGAGGAGGAGUUGCAGAAACAAUACAGCUGUUUUGUGGAGAAGUUUCGUAACUUGACUUACUUGGAACAGCAGCUGGAUGACCAACACCGCAUGGAGCAGGAGAGAUUUGAGGAAGCAGAAAAUACCCUGCGCAUGAUGCAAAAUAAGCUGAAGGAGGAAGAGAAACGUUUGCUGAAGAGUGGAAGUCACGAUGACUCAGACAUGGAGAUCCAUGAGGAUGAAGGAUCGGACAGUGACCUGGAAGACCGGCAGCUGAUCAAGCAACACACAGCCAUGGAGAUGCUGAUGCACGGGCGGCCGAGCAAGCGGCUUGUUGGAACCAUGCACGGGGGUGACACGGAGGACGAGAUCGGGGCAGCCCAAGCCCGAACCAAAAUGCGCAAAGCUUCCCGAGCCAAGGCGAAGGAAGACUCAGAGGAAAGUGAAAUUGACCUGGAUGAUGAUGACGAUGAUGACGAUGAUGAUUUGGAAGAUGACAGCAUGGACAUCUCCCCCACCAAGGCCAAUCGGAGGGUCAGGAAGCCGGAGCCACUGGAGGAGAGCGAUAAUGAUUUCUGAGGAACCUCAACCGGGAUGACGAAUGACAACUUGCCCAUGACUUAUCUGUGUGAUGAGGCUAUGUUGAGGCAGGGCAAGCUGUCCAAGAGAGUGAUGAGAUAUAUAUAUGUAUUGUGU